AUGGAUAAGGGUGCGCAAGCGUACAUGGCCUCAUCCCUUGGGUUUCCACUAUGUCCAAGUCUAGAAGACCAUGAAUCUGAACAAAGCUCCUCAAAUAUCGACAGCAGGAGAUCGUCCACUGGAGAACGUCAUGAUCCGCUCCCAGAGGAGCUACAAUUUCUCAAAAUUCGUGACUAUCUAAGUCAUGUUUUGCUACAGCUUCAUAAAGAAGUGACGCAGCGCGCACGUUAUGAAGAAAAAGGAAUAGAUUCUGCCGCAGAUAAAUCAGUCAAGUUUCAUGAAAGGCAUUCGAUUCGUCACAAGCACGCAUUCGUACAUGAUCCAAUACAUCAGAAUGAUGUGGCUCUUGCAUUCCAGUGCGUGGCAAUGGGUAAUUCGGGCGACCUGUUCGACAUGCUGUUCGAAUUUCCAGAUUUGCUCAAAGCUCAGGAUCCUUCCGGUUCGAGUCUUUUGCACUGUAGCAUUGAGAAAGGGAGACCGGAGUUGGUGAACAUGUUGCUUUCAAGAGGUGCUGUCGAUAAAAGCCUUUGUCAGACGGUUAUUCCAAUGCAUACAGAUCGUAUUCACUUCAAUCUCUCCCAAUCCCUUUUAGAUGUAAACGCUCUUGACGCGCUGGGUAACACACCCGUGCAUCUAGCUGUCCGAGCCUGUCGGGUGGAUAUCUUAGACCUUCUGAUAUCUAAUGGGGCGAGACUGACGGUAUCUAACAGAGACGGACUGCAACCCGUGCAUCUUGCCUCCGAACUCGCCUUUGUUGCCGAUCGUAUUCACUUCAAUCUCUCCCAAUCCCUUUUAGAUGUAAACGCUCUUGACGCGCUGGGUAACACACCCGUGCAUCUAGCUGUCCGAGCCUGUCGGGUGGAUAUCUUAGACCUUCUGAUAUCUAAUGGGGCAAGACUGACGGUAUCUAACAGAGACGGACUGCAACCGGUGCAUCUUGCCUCCGAACUCGCCUUUGUUGCCGGUCUUAAAAGGCUCCUGACUUACAAAGACGUCGAAGUGGAUGCACUCGAUGAACGAGGCUCUACUCCAUUGUAUCACUGUUCUUUGCAGGAUAGCGACGAAUGCGUGCGAAUCUUGUUGGACCGCGGAGCUAACAUUUAUCACAAAAACGCAUUCGGGAGCUCCGUUCUUCAUGAAGCCAUAUUACAACAUGCAGUCAAAUGCGUCCACUUAUUGUUCGAGCAUGAAAUCGUAAAAUGCUUGCAAGAUGGUUUAAAACAAACAAAGAGGUCAUCAUCCAGUCUAAUGGCAGUUGACCCAGUCGAUCAGAAAAAGUCAACAAGCCUGCUAAGUCGACUUGGUGAUUGGAUCGGUGUAGGAAAUCCUUCUUCCCGUCGGUCUAGUACCUUCUCAACUUCAUCUGAGCCAACGUCUACGUCUUCGCUGAUCAAUCUUGUAGAUGACGAAGGAUUCUCUCCUAUUCACGUGGCCGUAAACACGGGGAAUAUGGAGUUGGUAAAAGCUUGUCUUGACCGAGGAGCCAAUGUUCUGGCACAGGAUCAUGCCGGUCAAACCCCUUUACAUUACGCCUGCACACGUGGAGACCUGGAUUGUGCGAAGGCAUUGCUUGAAUUUCAUCCCAAGUACAAAGCACGCAUGAUCAGUGCGGUGAAUCGUGAUGGCCGAGGUCCGAUUCAUUUGGCUGCAAUGUAUGACCAUCCGACCCUUAUUGAUUAUCUACUCAGUCAAGGUGCUGAACUGAACGCCAGAGAUAAUAAAUCAAUGACACCACUUCUGCUGGCUUGUUCCAAGGGUAGCGUCGAAGCGUCCAAGCACUUGGUCAGUAUCGGCGCUGAGCUGACGUGUUGUGACGAGAACGGACGAAACUUGGUCAUUUUGCUUUUGUUCAGUGGGGCAGGAGCGGCACGCGAUAUCGUUCCUGUUUUGAUGAAAACAGGGCAGCUCUCCGUUCUUUUCAAUCAGCCAGAUAGGUGGGGUUGUACGUUUAUGCACAUUGCUGCUCGACUUGGACUGCGUGUGGCGGUGCAAAUAGGAGCGCAGUUUGGUGGGCAUAUCCUGGCCAAAGAUAGUGAGCAUAGCACGCCAUUACACUCGGCAGCUCGUUUUGGUCGAAUCCAAAUCUGCCAGUAUAUGUUAGAAAUGAAUGAGGGUAAACGUGCCUUGUUUCUGGCUGACGAUAAAGGACGUCUACCACUUCACCUGGCCGCACAGUAUGGGAACAACCGGGUUGUGGAAUUCCUCCUGGCCAAUGGAUGCCUUUAUCGCAGAUGCCAUGAAGGAAACACUCCUUUGCAUUACGCCGCAAUGAAAGGAAAUGCAGACACCUGUGCCCUUCUACUGGCCAUGAACCCAAGCAUAUUGAAUGAAGUGAACUACACCGGAGCUACUGCACUGCACUUCGCUGCAAUGCAUGCGAACGCAGAUGUGAUCAACUAUCUACUAACUGCAGGAGCUGAUAUUAUUCCUGAUCACAAUGGAUUGUAUUUUAGCUCUUUGGCGUUCCAACCAGGAAGCUAUUUCGCCUCGAGAACCAUUGCAUUGCACAAACGGUUUGUCUCCCUUCUGUUUCCAAGGUUUCCGGAAAUCGCAGCGAAGUUGUGGAAUACUGACCAAUGUCCGAUUGAGAAAAUGAUCCGCAGCGCACCAUCCAUCCUCCUGACAAAAUACGACUUCACUGUUCUGCAGGUCCCACCCCGGGCUAAAGACAAGAGGCCUGUUGCACCAAUGAAACACGUAAAGCUGAUGGUAAAACUGAAGCGGGAAGAACUUCUAAUACAUCCGUUGUGCACGGCCUACCUAGAUGUGAAGUGGAAUACCUAUGGUCGAUGGAUCCAGUUCUUGGUCACUUUGUACUAUCUAAGUUUGAGCAUAUCGAUCACCUGGUUGGCACUGAGACAAAUGCCACUGUCGUGUUAA